CUGCUUUAGUCUUCGCUUCCUGUCCUCAAGGGCUGGCAGAGGACCACCUGCUUGUCAGUGCGCUCUGAACACAAGAAAACUGUUCCUGGCUGAUCCUGAUACCCAGAAGGCUUUGUCUGAGCCCUGUCUGUGGAGGCAUUUCUCAAAGUAGAGUCCUCUGUUCCACCUACAUCAGAAUCUUAAGAAUGUUUGUUAACUGUACAGAUAUUUAGAACCCAUCCAGACCUGCUAGAUUCCAGUCUCUGGGUUAGAAAUUGCAUUUUACAAGGCAGAAAGGAGGUGCAAAGGGAGCUCCCAAAACUCGUAUAAGCACUCUCUGGGGAGCUGACUCAGACGGGAAAGUCCUGAUUCAUUAGGCCCCUCCCCCUUUGGCCCUGCUGUCAGGCAAUUCAAAGUCUCCAGGCCCUUCAGUUACUGAUUAACCUUGGGUUUCGAGUAAAGCAAUAAUAAUAAGUGAAGGGACAAACAUAAACCAAGAAAGAAGCUGGUCAGCCCUGGGAGAGAGUGGUGCCUGACAGCUGUUGACAAGAGGCACUCGGGGAGCACAAAAAGGAGGCUCGAAGCGUCCAGCACAGGGUCAGAAUCCACCCAAGUCCUGGAGGCGAUGGCUGACCCUCCCCGUCCAUGUCCAGGCUCUGAGCGGCUCUGUCUCACCGGCUCUGUGCCCCGAAUGUCCUGCACUGAAGCCCCACCGCGGCCCCAGCUUAUCACAGCAGAAGCCACCACCAUCGCUGUGGGACCCGCUGCUCAUGACCAAGCCUCCACAGAGGGCGACCUGGAGUGCCUGGUAUGCCGGGAGCCCUACAACCACGCCAGGUCACCCAAGCUGCUAAGCUGCCAGCACAGCUUCUGCGCUGUCUGCCUGAAGCUCCUACUGUGUGUGCAGGAAGACACCUGGUCUAUCACCUGCCCGCUGUGCCGUAAGGUCACCGUGGUCCCCGGGGGCCUCAUCUGCAGCCUGCGUGAUCAGGAAGCGGUGAUGGGACGGCUGGCUGGACUGUGCCUGGAGGUUCAGCUCUGUCCCCAGGGGCUCGAGAGUUCUGCCACUUCAACAGUGGGGCACCCCAGCUUGGCUGGUGAAGAUGAGCAGGACGCAGUGACAACCAACCAGGUGGCAGCGCGGCGCCUGGCCGUGCACCUGCUCCUGCUGGUCCUACUCAUCAUCCUCAUCUUGCCUUUCAUCUACCCGGGCGUCAUCCGGUGGGUGCUGGCCACCAUUAUCACUCUGGCCUUGCUGAUAUCUGUGUUGUUGUGCUGUUAUUCGCACAACCAGGGCAGCUCCUGGCCCUGCCCCAGGACUCACUUCUGCAGAGAACAGAAACACAGCCAGAUCGCUUCCAUCUCCUGAGAGCCCCAGGACCCUGCAGCCCCGCAGCCUCUCUGCUUCUUGGGCCCCUGACUUUCACAACCCACAGGGUAAGGGGCAGUGAACUCAGCCUGGCUCCUCUGAGACUCCAUGCCAGCUGGACUUGCAUGCCAGAGCUGGAAUGGCUGUCUUGGGUCAAGAACUCUGCGCUUGGGCAGUGGGCUGGCACCUGCCCUUGCUAUGGCACAGCCAGUUGUGAAGGGCGUGGGGAGGAGGCACAAAUGACUUGAAUGCUGCAAGGGGGCUUCCCGUUCCCCUUGCUGUGAUGCCCCUGGUUUUUCUGUAUAUAACUUGAAAGUUAUUGUAAUACUGACCUUGCCGAACACAUAGAACUGAU